AUGGGAGAAACGGAACCUAUUGAUAAUUAUGUUGCUAACCUUCGGGUACUAUUGGACAUAAGUCACCCUCGUCUAGGACAAGGGGCUAAGAGCGAGAUUCUACGCAGUCAGUUCGUCUGGGGUCUCCCUCAAGGAACUGCCAAAGCUUUAGUCCUAGCUAAGUAUGAGGACGGUACUGUGCCGUUGGAAUCCCUCGUUAUUCUUGCCAAGGACCAUCUUAAAGCUGCGCGCUUCGAGGGGUCGAAGAGCAUCGAGAUAGCCGCUGCAGCUAUGCGUAUGCGUGCAGACCAAGGCAAGGGCAAGAGAGGGUGGCAUAGGUCUCCUGGCAAGGGCAAAGGUAUGGCAAGGGAGGCGGACUAUACGGGUAAGGGUCAAGGAGGCAAGGCGGAA